AUGGUAAGCAUAGAUCACAAAAAUGUUUUUGAGUAUAUCAGGAUAUUCAUACAAUAAAUAAAUUGAAAACUGCUAUAUUAUUUAUAUUCUGAAUAUAUUCAAGAACAAUUUUUUUCCCAGAAAAUUACUGUCGAGUGAAUUGUAUAUGCAUGUACAUUUUUUCCAGCAAAAGCAUUAGUAAUUGACAAUUUGACAGGUCUUCUUUGUGUAAGCAAUCUCAUGUUUAUCUGUAUGGCCAAUUUAGGCAUCAAAAUUGUUUAGUUUUGGUGCAUUAAACUCUUCUAUGACUUGUCCUAUGUCUUCUUGGUAGACAUUUUCAUCGAAACAGCCUGAUUUUCUUAAAGGGAAGCUUACAUGCUAUCCUUAUUAGGUUACCUAAUAUGUAGAAUUGCCAUUUCAUAUGAAAUUUAUGACUUAUAUCUGCUAGGAUUUCUUCUAUGUUUUCAAUGGAAAUUAGAUAUAUCAAAAUUUAAUGACAUCUAGUCUCACAUUUAACUUUUACUCUUUUACACUUUACGGGUUGAGAGGCACUGUGUAGCCUAGUAAGGUGAGAGGUUGUGUCAGGCCAUCCACCAGGUGUAAGCCAUGUAGAAAUUUUUGCUUAAAAUGCAGUUUAAUGAGUCUAAAUUUCUGUUUCUUUCUGUCUUUAUGUGAGUUUCUAGGUCUUUCCCUUGUGCUCAUCUCUUGCUAGACAUUGAUUUUUCCUUCAGAUUCACUAGUUGAAACAACGAUCUUUUAGGAAUUGAGUUGUAUACAACGAGAUCACAUUGACUCAGGUGUAUUUUCUUUGUUUUUAUCGUACCUUUUACCUUGGUACUCUUGGAUAAUUUGAAAAUGAGAAUCAGGGGCAGACGGAUUGUCAAAACUCCUCCUUCUCCAACUAGCUCAGUUGGUUCCUCAGAAGAUCCCCCAGCACAGCAAGAAGAGCAAGAGGUAUUAUCGUUGCCCUUCAAUGGUGCGAUUUUUUUGCCCUACCAAAGAAAUCUGCAUGAUCAAUCAAUUAAAGAGGACACUGCAGGAGGUGUAACUGAAGAUGCUUAUAAGGAGAUCAACGAUUCCCAUGUUACUCCAAGGAGGGGGAAAGUGUUGAAUGCAGCUGUACCUGCCCAACAGGUUCUAAUUGUAGUAUCUUCUGAUGAGGAUGAACCUGCACUGAGGAGCACGAAGGUAGACCCAGAUGAAGUCACCAGCCGAAGGAUUCGUAAGAGAAUAGACAUCAGGGAUGUCAACAUGGGAAGAUCUAACCGUGCACGUAAUAAGCUGACUCAGGUUGGACAUGCACGCGUACGCGCCUCAGGUGUGGCAAGGGCUAGGGGCGUGCACAACAUUAUGCACAACCUAAUGCCUUCUUGUCCCAAAUCUGAAGAGGAGCUCGUUAAGAACGUUUAUGGUGAGGCAAAGAAGGUGCAAAGGAAAAGAUUCAGGCUUCUAAGAGAAUUCUAUGGUGUUUAGAAAGGCUUGAGGCAGUGAGGAACCUUAUUUGGACUAAAGCAGUGGUUUCUGAGUUGCAUGUUUUUCCGUUUCCUAGUAUUGUCGUGUUCGUCAGAGUUCGUUAAGGAAGUUUCGGUUGUUAGAAUGAAACAAUGCUUUUCUGAGUCGCAUGUUUUUCGGUUUCAUAGUGUCAUCGUUUGUGUGAGAUUUUUUAAGGAAUUCUUGAUUGUUGGAUUAAAAUUUGGUCUUCUGAUUUGGACUUGAAUUUCAUACCAGUUAUCAUCUUA